GGAGGGAGAACCGGCGCGGGUGGCGGGCGGGGCGCAGGGCGGGGGUGCGGGCCCUUCCCGCAGCUCAAACCCCGCGUGUCCUCUCCAUCAGGACGCGCUGGUUUGUGCCCGCAUUGCUGUGCCCAGGGCGCUGGUUUGGUGCGGGUUGCGUACGAGGCUCUGCCCAGUUGGGGCUCCCCGGGGCCGCGGUGGGGAGCAGGUGCACAUGCCUGGGCAGGAACAGCCGAACUGCUGCCUGCAGGUCACAGGAUAACUUUGGGUGGAAGAGACCCUCGAGAUCACUGAGUCCAACCAAAACCCAGCCCUGUCCUUGCCCCGUGUCCUGAGAACCUCAUGUCUGUCUGUCCAGCCCUCCAGGGAUGGUGACUCCAGCACUGCCCUGGGCAGCCUGUUCCAAUGCCCCACAGCCCUUUGGGGAAGAAAUUGUUCCCCAGGUCCAACCUCAACCUCCCCUGGCGCAACUUGAGGCCAUUUCCUCUCAUCCUGUCACUUGGUACCUGGGAGAAGAGACCAACGCCGAGACAUGUGAGAGGGGUUUUGACGCAGUAACAAAGGCUCCAGGUCCUGCUCUGCCCAUGGGCGCCGUGUGCCGGGCUGGGGCGAUGGGCCCGCGGGGCUCGGCACGGCUGCCCCGCGGCACACGGUGUGCGCGGCCAGGACGCUGCGCCGACACCGCAGGGACGCGGCUGCGCUGGCGGGAGCUGCUCGGUGGAAGUGAAUUCUGGUUUUCUGUCCCUGCAGAGCGCUGACCCCAGUGUCAUUGCUCGGCGCACUGCAGCCUUUGGCCUAAGAGUGCAAAAACCAUUACACUUUUAAGUAGGCUUCAGAAUGAAACCGGUGUGCAGUGGCAGAAGGCCGUGUUAACGGCAGGUAAACAGCAUUUCUGUGUUGCAUAUGCUCCUAGCAAAACAGCAUCCUGCUAAAUGUUCCUUCUGAGCCCUGUUGUCUUUCGGCUCCAAGCACCAAGCUGUGCACGAAAACUGUCCUUUUUGUUGGUGUUUUCCUUUGAGCAGAAACAGGGAUGAAUUCUAAUCUUUACUACAAGCUGUUGCUGGGCUUUUGCCCUCUAGCUGUGACUGUGCUUUGUGAACACCAAGGUGAAGAAUAAAGCAGGUUCCAUUGGAUUUGUUUUGGCCGUGUGUGAUGAAACACUAACGAUAGACGUGAGCAGCUGUACAGCACAGGGCAUUUCCCUGGCGCAGCCGCUGGUUUGUGAAUGUUCUCAGCAGGACAAGAUGUUUAAACAAAUGUUGGCUCUGGGCUAAACUUCUUCCUUGAUACAACCCACUGGGACGCCAGGGAGGGUUGUUUUUUCUCAGCCGGUGCUCUGUCUCCGGGUUGCAGGGGCAGUGCAGGGGGAUUGAGCUGGGAUUGGCUUUAUGGGUUAGAGUAGGAGUGGAAGAUGCUGUGUUGCACUUCUACCAAGAAAUAACAAGUUUUUCCUGUUUGCUCAAAGCCUGUAAAGAUGACACCGGGCUUGCUGAAGCCGCCAGGCUUCUGCACGGGUCUCCAUGGGGUCGGUGUCUCGUUUCCAGGGCCCAUCUCACGAGGAAACGGCUGCGUCCCAGUCCUGUGGAGAGAGACAUCGCGGUGUAGGAACAGUGGGAAACAAGACAGACCUCACACACAGAGGCAGGACGGCGCUUACGGGGCGGGUUUGCUCAGCUGUCGGUUGGAAGCCUUUGCUCAGUCAUUUCUAAAGCAAGGUGUGAAGAAGGGUAUUAAAGCGACGGAGACCCCUGUUCAGGAGCAGUGUUGGUGAUCGUGCUCUCGCUGAGCAGCUGUCAGUGCAACGUCCGUCUAUGGGAGAAAAGGUAUUUGCAUGAGUUUCCUCGGAGCCACACGUCUUCAUUGCCACCGGAAUCCCACGGCUCUUGUCUGGACUUCACCGGGACCGUUUUAUUGAGGAAACAUUGGAUGUGCACAGCUGGAAGAAAGGGAGACCAGAGACUGCAAAUCUUUCACAAAAGAUGAAGGAGUUGUGCUACUUAAGGGAAUGUUGAUUGUGGAAAUCAUGGAGGAACAUGUGUAAGCCUGGAGCAGCAUCUUCCUGGGACUGGUGCUAUAAUCUCUAGGGACUUCGGAGAGGGAACAUAGAGCCAGAAAGCAGAGCCAGCCGGCGUGUCGGGCAGAGCCCGGGUCCGCCAGCCCGUCCGGCGCUGCGUUGGCCGUGCGCGGUGCCCGCGCCCCUCCAGCGGGACUCGGCUGCACACACACCCCGGUGCUGCUGCCGCGGGUACUUGGUUCUUUCACAAAGUGCUUCUCUUGUGUUGCUUCUGAGUAGAAGAAGAAGAAACCCGGAGGGGAAUUGACCAAGUGCAAGCGAUGUUCCUGGCAAAGGGCAUCUGGUACAUGUCUCUGCCUUUGUCCACAACCCGCAUCAGGAUGGCUCUAUUUUAAACUUUCCAUUUAAAAUUCAGUUAAGCACAGGCCAGCUCUGAUACUGUUCCUGAGUUAGGGUAAUACCAGACCUGGCAAAUAACCCCGUUCUGUGUGGACAUUUGAGCUGCUUAUUUGAUUACCUUGAAGCCAGAUGAUCGGCAUUGCACCUUUUGGGGCGCGUUGUGUUUUCUGUUCUGAAGCGUGCUGCAGACUCCGGGUGGGCUCUUCCCUGGGUGCCGUGGUCCUGCGGGGGCCAAGAGCUGAUGGUCUCCGCUCGCCGGCUCAGAAGCUGAAGGAGUGUUGUGUGCAACAGCCUCUAUUUUGGUUGUUAACUGAUCCUUGUGAAUUUGGGUGCUGGUUGCUGAACUGUAAACAUUUAUGAAAUGCAAUGGCCAAGACUAAAUACAUUCAUUAGCAUAUUCAUUUUUAUUGAGUCGCUGCUUUGUGUGCCUGAGGAAAUUAUCAAAUUUCUUCUGUUUGGACUGCUAUGUGCAAUUUUUGGACGUUUUAUUCUUGCAUCACUCAGGAUUUUGGAAUCAGGAUAAGGAAGCAUCUGUGUUCCCCCUGCACCCCAAGACCCGUGGGCCGGGCCGGCGGCGCCGCGGUGGCGUUGGGCUCGGUGACCGAGCACGGCGGCCGGAGCUCCGCUCCCCGGCCCGACCAGCUGGCAGCUCCACCUACACAAAUUGAUUCAUUCAUGAGAGUUUUGCUGUGAUCUAAACCCGUCGUUUGAAGACUCUUUGUUCCCAGCUUUCAGUGAAUGAACUGCUCACGUUAGGUACCCGCUGGAAACCUGGUUUGGCCGAGAGCCGAAAGCGGCCGGCAGCGGCAGGAGAGCCAGGCGCGGACAGGAGGCCGGCCGGACGCAGGACAAACGCAGGGCUGAACGCAGGACUGACCGCAGGACCGGAUGCAGGCUGAACACAGGACCGAACGCGGGACUGGACACAGGACCAGAUGCAGGAGCAGACGCAGGACGGAUCGCAGGACCAGACCCAGCUGAAGCCGUUACGCUUUGGUUUGCAUUGGCUGAAGAAACGAAGUGCCCAGAUAAGCAGGCUUGGUGGACUGGCACUGAUCUUUUGUACUCUUCAGAAUCGAGUUUUAUAAGUGCUGAAUGCAUGCUGGACAGUAUUUUCCUUCUCAAAACAGUCCCAUUAUGUUUUUAAAUGAAGUGAAGAAUACCUGUGAUUGGGUCCUUUCAAAGAGAAAGUAGUUUGGCUUGCUCCCCGAUCAGUUAGGAAAGGCUGGUGGCUGUCGGGAGGCGGGAUGCGGCUCAGAGCAUUGGAAAAACUGUCACAUUUGCUGUUGCCUUUUAAACAGAAAGUGUUGUAAACGUUUCUGACAUUUGAAGGGUCAUCACUGCAAUCUUGGGUCACUCGCACUGUCUUUGGGGGAAGAGACAGUACGUUUCCACUGCUGCUUUUUUAUUGUUUAACUGCCGGGCGCCGGGCCGUGUGGAAUGUGACCUGUUCAGGUGUCGGGAGGCGGCUCAGCGCGGCGCAGAGUCGCGUUUUGUUCUGCGGGGGCGCAGGCAGCCGUGCAGGCGGAGCUGCUGCGUCUGCCCAGGACCAGCCCCGCUGCCCAGCCCGGGACCCCGCGGCGCCCCCGCGGCUCUGGGCUCCGUGCGCGGGAGGACGCGCCUGGACGGGCUUUGUGGACACGGGGUUUGUGGACACGAGCUUUGUGGACAGGGGGUUUGUGGACACGGGCUUUGUGGACAUGGGGUUUGUGGACACGAGCUUUGUGGACACGGGGGUUUGUGGACACGGGGUUUGUGGAGCAGGGGCUGGGGUUCAGCGUGGUGUUCAUGGACACGAAGCUUUCUAGGAACACGGGUUGGGGUUUGGGGGAGCGCAGUGUGUUGGAACCCAACCGGCGCUGCUGGGCUGCGGCUCUGGGGGGCCGGGAGCCUGCGGAGCAUCCUCCUCAUCCUCCCGCUCCUGCUCCUCCUCCCUGGGGAGGCAGUUCCUUGUUGGGGAGCAGAUGCUUGAGAGCAUCUGUAAAGCUGUGCAGGUUUUUGCAUGUACUUUUGCUUGGGCUCCUGUUUGUUUCAAACACGGGUCGGUCUUGGCCAGAGGAGCAGCCUGGACUCCCUUCCGCAGUCUCGGGCUUUUGCAGACGAUGCAGAGAGGCCAUUAAAGUGCCAGGUUUUAUACACUUUUCCUGUUGAUACUGCUUGGGGAGACCUUGCAAUCCAAUUGCUCUGCCUUGAUUGAUUCGUUUUCAUUAUCAGCCCUGAAUUAUUUGCAGAGGUAAAUGACAAGGCUUUAUUUUCUCAUAGUGCUUUAUCUUUUUACAAAAUGCACCCAACAAAGUUGCUAAUGGAAAAGCUUUUAACCUCCCGAGGCGGAGGGUGAUCCUGGUUCGCUCGGGCGCGCGUGUGACACGUGGGGCUGACUAAUGCCACGGGCUCAGCAGAGCCCGCGGAGCCCCUGCACCCCCGGGUCAGCGGGAGAUGGAACAGGCAGCCCAAGGUGACUGCACAGCCGCGGGAUAAAUUGCUGCAAACAUGAAAGAGAACAGGAAGGACAGAUCCGUUUCCCCGCUUCGGCAGCAGGGACGCUCAGCCCGCACGUCCUGGCUCCAGCGGGGGUGUCAGGACCCGGGACAGCGGGAAGGAUGGUGCUGGCUGUGCUCCGUGGCACGAUGAAAAACAAACAGAUUCCCAGGGACGCAGGGGUAAAUAGCGCUGCAGGGUGAGCAAAGUGAGUUAUCGGGACUGGUGCCUCAGUGCAGUGUCCCCCUGUCUGUCCGUCCCCUCGUCCAUCCGUCCCCCCGCAGCUCUCGGUGCCACACGGCUGUGGCAUUGCUGAUGGGGAGAACAAACACCGGGAUGUAUGGAAUGGAGGGGAGCCAGAGCAGUGCGAAUGCAGAGGACUGAUGGUUGCCAGGCCUCUGAUAUAUAUAUUUAAGUAAAAAGAAAGCCACAGAUCUCAUUUUCAAAGUCCUGCAAAAUGCAUUUCCCAUGUCCCCAGCUCUGGGCUUGGCAGCUGUUACGGCUGAGCAGAGCGUUGGGGACAAUGGGCCGGACCCCUGGUACCACGCUGGGCACGGUCCUGCAGUGGCUGGGCACGGUCCCGCUGCAGGGCCAGGCUGGGCUGGGGAGCAGAUUUCAGAAAACACAUCUGAUGUAAUGUAAUGUGUCAGAGAUGGGGACAGCACCCGCUCCCAGCGAGUCCCCUGUCACCUCCAGCCCCCUGCUCCCGUCAGACCCUCGUGCCGGGGUCCCUCACCAACAGCCGUGCCAGACCUGCUGCCGGUUCCUCCCCCAGCUCGGCUUCCCACAACCGCAUCCUUUGCUGGCUGCUGCAUUUCAAUAACAAAUGAGCUUUAAGUUAAAAUUAUAAUAAUCUGUACCUAUUGUAUUUCUUUCUGUCCUUCACACUCAGGGUGGGAAUUUGUCCUGCAGGGAUGGAACAGAUGGGGGGAAAUAUUAGGAAAAUUAGAUCAAAUGGUGGUAUAAUGCCAUGAGAUGACUCAGUGCUAUUGUGGUGAAGUCUUACAAAAGGAGGACGUUGAACAAAAUGUACUUUCAUAGCAAAGCUUUUUCCAUGUUGUUAUUUCUUUUCAAAAGCUGAACAAACACUCCUCGUGGUUUGCUCUGGUGUGUAGCGUUGGGGUUUUCCCCGGCUGUCCCCGACGGCCGCGGGUCCCGUGUGCGGAGCUGGGGCUCAGCCGCCCCGCCAGGAGCAGCCGCUGCGGGCACGCAGCACCGAGCUGGGUCCAGGUGAAGGUACCGCCAUCCUCGUGUCACUCUGUACUGGGCAAUCAGUGCCCUGCUACCCGUGUGUCACAGGGGGAAAAGCAUUUCUGGGUACGUGGGGAGCCAGCUGGACCAUCAAACCAAACGCCAGCUCUGCUUUUCCUGCUGUUUGCCCACGGGAAAGGGCUUUGGGGCUGGCGGGCGCGGUGGAGCUGGUGCAGCCCCGCUCGCCAGGCACCAGCACCUCCGGCAGCCCGGGGAGCAGCUGGGGAAGCUGCUGGGUGCCGGCUCCGCUCAGCCUGGGGACAGAGCGUCGCUCCGGCUGGGCUCCACAUGUUCCUCAGCCUACACGUUCCUCCAGAAACCCGGUUCCCAGCGUAACUCCCGCAUGGUGGCCGUGUCGCUUUGCUGUGAGCCCAGGCCCUGGCACGAACCAGCGGUUAAAUGACCCAGCUGCUCAUGUCUUUGUGCCAAAUGGAGCCGUGACGUGGCACCUCCUGUGAAACUCAUCCUUCCCGGGUGGCAGAGCACGGCACGGCACGGCACGGCACGGCACGCUGCUCGGAGCCGCUGCCAGGUGCGCGCUGCACUGAUGACACUGCUCACAUCGUACGCUGCCUUGGGCUUUAUUUUAUUAGCCUGCAGCACUUUCUCCAUGGUCAAUACGAAAAAAGCAGGCUGGCUGAGCAUCUGGGGAGAAGGAUGCAGCUCUGAGAGAGAAGAUAAAGAGCUUCUGCAAAUAUUUAUGCACAGAAAAUCAAUCAGGCAGUAAUGAAUCUCAUUUACAAAAGAACUGUGUGUAUUUGUGAGGCUCUUGCGGUGAGUUCGAGAAGGGGCGGGUUGAUCACAGACCGAGCUGGUUUGGGGUCACCCUCCCCUGUCCAGGGGUGGCGGGGGGGAGGUUUUUGUGCCAUUUUCCUGUUUGCAGCCCCGGGGCUCCUGGGGAAGCACUUGGUGCUGGGCAGGUGCUGCUGAUGGCUGCAAUGGGGACACCUGGGAAAAGCACCCUCUGCCCACCCACUGCUCUUAUUUAAUUCUCUCAAUUAGCAAGUGGGGCCCUCUAGGCCUGAUCCUGCAUGGUGGGCAUGUGCUGUCCCCAGCUCUGUCCCCUCUGGGCUCCUGGCCACCAUCUCAGCCUAAACUCACUUUGGGAAUAACCACACUGCUACUUAGAACAGAACAGAUCGCAUCAAGUCAUCUCUACAUAGAACAAUUCAUGCUGCACAGUUUUUUGCCUGUGCACAUGCACACGCGGACUGGCACAGCUCUACCCCGUGCACCUUCCGGUGAUGAGGAUGAGGACGUCCUGGUCCGAAAUGAGGAUAAGGAUGUCCUUCUCUCAUCAUGAGGAUGAGGACGUCCUGCUCCCACGGUGGGGAUGAGGAUGACCUACUCCAAAGUGAAGAUGAUGAAGUUCUGCUCCUGCGGUGAGGAUGAGGACGUCCUUGCAGGGCAGGAACCACCAUCCCAGGAUCCUCGGGAUGGAGCAGCAGCAUUGGGAGCCCAGGACCUGCUGGCCAGCAUCGCACAGACAGAAACCGGCUGCACCUGCCAUGUGUGCAGAGCUGCUCCCCGCGUGCUGCCCUCGGCGAGGUGGGUUCGGACACGGUUCCUGUGUGCUGCAGGAAGCACAGGGACACUCUUUUCAAAGCAGGCACACUGGCAGAUGCAUGUUGCCAAAAGCCACGGGCUUUUCCCAGCCUCCACAGCAGCACCAGCAGAUCACCGCGCCGGUGGAACCACAUCAACGUGCACUAAUAACAGACUAAAAUCUUCCCUUUGCUGUCCCCGCUGUAGCUGCCUGUGGUGUUGGUGUGGACCCCCAGCUCCGAUGGGCACUGCUGGUAGCCACAGGGCCUUCCUCCUCCUCCUCGCCCUGGGGAUGCUGGUUCGCACUAAUCCGGGGGUAACUCAAAGAACCGCUUACAACCGGCAGCAUGGUGACUGAUGAUUUACAUACAUACAGCCUUUGCAAAAUAAGUAGUGCCGUUCGCCAUCAGGCGUUAUCUAAAUCUGCAGCAGAAAUGCUCCCGGCUGCGGGGAAUUUGCUUUCUGGCUGGAGAAAAGCGGCGCGUUCUGCAGUACUUCAGUGCCUAUGGAAACGCCGGCUCCUUCCCGCGCUGAGAGAUCGUUAUCCAGUGCUCUUUCAUUCAGCACAACUUUCAUGUCUGGCAAAUUAAAUUUAUGGGCAAAAUAAUUACAUGUAAAUGCUGCUGGGCUGUUAUUCACAAGGGACCAAUUUUGUAGCCAUUUGUUGGCAUUUGAACUGUCAGAUUUAUUGCAUGUAACACAUACAACAUAUAGUGAAUUUUCAGAUAGUUGGACAUCAGAGAGGAAAACAAAAAAGAUCUAAGUUAAGCCAGAUGAGUAGUUUAUUUCAAAAGGCCUUUUUGCCUGCCCAAGGUUGCUGGGUUCCUGGGGGUAUGUGCUGCAGUCCCAGAGUCCCGGGCUCCACCCUGGGCAAGUGUUUGUCUGAAAGUAUCUUCCCAAUGGAAACCUGUCCAUGUGUCCCGUUACACACGUUUGGUGUUCCUUCCCCUGUCCGUGUGUCCCGUUACACAUGUUUGGUGUUCCUUCCCCUGUCCGUGUGUCCCGUUACACAUGUUUGGUGUUCCUUCCCCUGCCCGAGCUGGCGAUGCAGCUGGACAUUGUUAUUGCCAGGUUCCUGUUGAACGGGUUAUUGCUAUUGAGAGUCUGAUGAAUGGUUCUAUACACAGUUCUGCAUUCACCUUUCAUUAGGAACACAAUUUGAAUUAACGCUGUAUUGAGAGCAGGAGCAGUGUUGUUUGGAGAACUCGGCCAUCGCUCUCUCACAGUUUGAGGUUUCGUGGGUACGUUCUGUUUUCCUGGUAUCUGGAUCAAUAUUUGGCACCCCUGCUUCAGGAAACGCAGUCAAUAUCUGUCGCUUGGAUGGAAACAGUUUAGCCUCUGCUGCUCUUAUGCCCAGAAAAGGCUAAUUGCUGCCUAAUAUGGAUUUUGUUUAAACUAUUCCACCCUGCUCUAUGGAAAGCAAAGCUGAGAUACACAGGAAGCUGUCAGCACUUACUUGUAAGUAUUAACACUGUGCAAUUUUGUACAGUGUAUGUUAUGCUGGUAUUGGUACAUAUGUAUAUAAUAUACACAGUGAGAUAAUACUGCGUGACAUCAAUAUUUGUACCUGUUUUAAUGCGCAGACUGACUGGGUGAACACCUCACGUGUGACUUGCUGAGCCCACCGGCCGUGGGACUCUCAGCUCCUGGGGACCAGCAGCCGCUGCUGUCCCUGUCCCCGAGGCUUUCGUCCAGUUCCCCGAGGGAACCGCGGUCUCUCUGCUCCUGCAAACAUCUGGGCAGACGUCAGGUGCUGGAUGUUCAGCUGCUGUUCGGGGGACAGUUGCCCCUCUGGGCUCAGUGGGGACACAUGGGAGCUGUUGCAGCAGCAAUGAGGGAUACGGGGGGACAGGGGAACAGAGGGAUGCAGGGGACGAAGGGAUGCAGGGGGACAGAGGGAUGCAGGGGACGAAGGGAUGCAGGGGAACAAAGGGAUGCAGGGGGUCGAUGGCCGUGGCAUCCCCUGUCCCGCGGUGCUCCUGCUCUGGAGCCAUGUCGCCAUCCUGCGGGUCCGGGUCCCGCACCAGCGCUGUGGGCGGCCGUUCAUCCGCGCUGCGGGACGGGGACUCCACCUUGCGUAAAUUAAGAUUAAGGAGCUGUGUGUAUUAUUGCACAUCAAGCAUCUCAGUUGAUGCUGUCUCCCCAUAAAGUUUUUGUUGGCAGGGACACCCACGCACUCCUGCUUUCUUUUAUGGUGCUCCUGGAAAAACAAUCAGUAUAAACCCUGUAGUCUCCUCAUACGACAGAUGACUAAUGAGUUGUAAUUGCUCCCGACUCCACAGGAAACUAACUUCACGAGGAGUUAAGGAUUAUCUAGCUGUAUGUUCCUGAGAGGUUAUUGUUCUGGGAAAUUAAUUUAAUUAGUUUAGACCUAUUAGGAAUACAGAGGCAGAGCUGAAGGCUGGCAGGGCAGAGACAGAGCAAUAUGCUUUUUAAAAAAUUGUAAAGACGGAGUGAAAGGGGUAAUUUUAUGGUAACAAAAUUGCUUCUUUCUCCUUUGGGCCUGUAUUGUUCUGAAAAGAAAAUUCUGUGUUGCAGCUUUUUAAGGCAAACAGCUUUAUUGUGCUCUCCCCGGCACACGGAGCUGCGGGGGACGCGCUGCCGCGGGCUGGGGACAGCACUGUCCCCAGCACCCACCCGGAGCAGGCGCUGCGGGGACAGACCCAAACCCGCCUCUGACUGGCUUCGGCUCUCGAAACUUGCAGAGGAAAGAGAACUAGAAAUUCAAGGCUCGAGAAAGCACGCAAAUGAAAUUCAAGGCUCAAGAAAGCAUGCGAAUGCCUGAAGCCCAGCCCGAGCUCGGACAGCUGUGCAGCCCGGGCCAGCGAGCAGCCCGGGCGCGCUCUCUUCUCUUCUGCACAGACACGAGCCACCCCAUCAGCGCCGCAAGAACCCUUAAGACAAGUAUCUCUUGGUUGCAUUUUCAGUUCUCAACUGACACUCUGGCCAUUUCAUCAUGUAAAUUCUCCGUUGCUGUAGCAGGGGUGUGAGUGCUGCCACGCGAGGUUAGUGAGAAUUGCUGAGGAACUGCCAUGCUGCAUUAUGCGUUUUUUUGUUGUUGUUUUAAUGAGUAAGUUCCAGAGAAGGCUAUUAUUAAUUAAGCUGCAAUAUGGCAGCGUUGGCUGGCACUGAGGAGAUGCUAACUUGAUCUGAAGGACCCAUCUGUAGGACUUUCUCUUUCAAAACCACAGCGCAGUCAUCACCGUUCACCGGAGGGAAUUGUUGGCAGCAUUUCAGUGCGUUACUGUGCCAAAAAGGUGCCUUUGCAAGACAGAAAUAAAUUGGAAGCGUGGGGAUUCAUUGUGAUAAGCCUGCCACAGGUAGGUAGCGUGGGGACAAGAUGUAGUUCAGUGUAUUAGAGUCUUGAGUUUGAAUAGAUGAAAAGAAAUUCCAAGCAUAUGCUAAACUAUUCUCCACAUGAAUAACAGCUUCUAAUUUGCUCGACACAUCUCUAAUAAUCCUGGCAGCUUCUCUUUUCAUAAUUAACAUCUUCAUUUCGCUGCUUUCUAAAGGCGUAAUGUGCAUUCUGGCUCCGAGGGAUUCAGCGGUGGGAAGCGGAGGAGGGGGAUGCUCCGGGGGAGCUGCUUUCAAACAGAGUCAGCAGCAGAGCGGGAGAAUAAAUUACGUUUGUUCACUAAUACGAGAAACGAAGCUCUGUUCAGAGAAUGUGUAGCUGAACAGAGACUUUUAUAUGGGCAUACACUAGCUCCUGGUCGUUGUAGCUUCUCCAGCUGCCCCGUCUCACCGCAGCGGCACAGCCACACGGCCGCGUCGGGGCUGCCGCGGUGAGCUGGGCAGGCAGCGGUGCCUGCGGGCGGCGGAGCCGCAGGGCCGGGUGGGGUCAGCGCGGGGCGUUCUGGGGCAGCCCCCGCCCUGGCGCCCCCCGCCGGACCCCCAGGCGCAGGAGCUCGGUCCCGGCCUCGCGGAGAACUGCCUGCGGGAAUCAUCCCCGCAGCACGCAGGCUCUUGCCCUCCCAUGCUUCUCCCGUCUCCGUGCCCCAGCUACUGGCUCACAGCACGCGCAGAAAGCCACGGGACUGGAAAACACGUAUCUAUUUGAAUAAGAAAAGUUGAUUGCUAUUUUAAGCGCCUUACAAUGUAGAAGCGAUUCAAGCUCUAACACCCUACUCACCUAUAGCAGAGAGAUAACUGCAAAGGCUGCUCCCUCCCUGUCCUACCGUUUGACAGCGCUGGAGUUUCAGGCAAUUAAAAUCCCUUUGCGUGUCUCUAGUGUACCUGUUGUAGUCGCUGUGUUCUCAGGCCAACGUGACUCAGACUUGAAAGAGCAAAUUACCUUGUUUGGAGGAGGUUUUAUAGGUGGUUUUACCCAAUUGGUGUAAGGUGAAUAUUUCAGAUGGAUUAAUUUAAUUGACACCUGAGUUACCGUGUUGCUUUGGGACAGAGGUGAGGGAAUGCGCCCGUGCCAGGAACUGAUGCAGAUAAAGUGCUUGCUCUUUUUUCUGUCCUGUGGAAGAAAGCUGCAGCCUUUUCCCCGAGCAGAUGAAGAGCACACCGGAGAUGCUGGAGAUGCUGGUCCUCAGCUCAGCGGUUGGGACGCGCAUGUGCUGGAUGUCAGGGCUGGGGCGGGUAAGCUCUGCAGCCGCGGGCUGGGCACGGCUUCGGCAAUGGGGGCCGGAGCUGAGCGCUGGCUCUGCAGCCCUGCGCUGGGCACGGCUUUGGGCAGCAGGGACUGGAGCUGAGCGCUGGCUCUGCAGACAUGGGCUGGGCAUGGAUUUGGGCAGCGGGGACCGGAGCUGAGCGCUGGCUCUGCAGCCCUGCGCUGGGCACGGCUUUGGGCAGCGGGGACCGGAGCUGAGCGCUGGCUUUGCAGCCCCGCUCUGGGCACUGCUUUGGGCAGCGGGGACGGGAGCUGAGCGCCGGCUCUGCAGCCCCGCUCUGGGCACGGCUUUGGGCAGCGGGGACCGGAGCUGAGCGCUGGCUCUGCAGCCCCACGCUGGGCUCGGCUUUGGGCAGCAGGGACCGGAGCUGAGCGCUGGCUCUGCAGCCCCGCGCUGGGCUCGGCUUUGGGCAGCGGGGACCGGAGCUGAGCGCUGGCUCUGCAGCCCCGCGCUGGGCUCGGCUUUGGGCAGCGGGGACCGGAGCUGAGCGCUGGCUCUGCAGCCCCGCGCUGGGCUCGGCUUUGGGCAGCGGGGACCGGAGCUGAGCGCUGGCUCCUCAGCGCUGACGCACUGAACUGCCACAGUCCUUGGUCAGGCAGAACUGAACCUGCCCAGUUCCAGCCCUGCUCUGAAAAGCCUGCAAAUUGAGGUCAGGCUUCAAUUAAAGGUGAGUACAAAGUUCUUCCUCCUCUGGGAGCUCAGCAUGUGUGUAAAAUGCAAGCAAUGCUCCAGUUCUUGACUGAAAGGAGAUGUAUCUUAUAUUUACGUACUCCCAGGGAGCAGUGCUUUUACCAAGUCACAUAUGUGCUCAGGCUUGAGUCAAACUUCAGACACAGGUGUCAGCCCAAGCUUUGUGGUCACCUGUGCAGUACAAACCAAGGCCAGCAGCUCUGGGGACGCUGUGCAGCUCAGGCCUGUCCCCGCUGGUGUGUUAGUGCUGUCUUUGAGUACCAUGUCAGAUUUAGAAAGGAGGAAAGUGGGAAACUGUUAAGUAAGCUGUUUUUUGGGGGGGGUGAUGGCUGCAUUGCCACGGGAGGAAUAGAGCGUGUGGUUGCUCGGCUCCAGGCUGGUCUCCUCUUCACCCCCCAGCUCAGCAGCCCCCGCAGCCGGGGCAGCAGAACAUGGACCUGAGCCAGCGGCUCCUUCCUCGCGAGAGCUGAUGUCACUGCCAGCAUGACAGAUCGGGGGCAGGCGGUGACCCUGGGAUGCUAUCCCAAAAAGACAGUCUGCGGCUCGUGAUGGAUAACGCAGGGAACGCCAGCGACAGGCACGAUGCAAUUUGAAAAAUAUAACUUGUGCAAGGAAAAAGGGGAGAAAGCCCCUCGGUCCCAUAACGCUGUGCUAGCCCCUCGGUCCCAUAACGCUGUGCUUGCCCCUCGGUCCCAUAACGCUGUGCUUGCCCCUCGGUCCCGUAAUGCUGUGCUUCUUCAGUUGCCUUCCGUUUUUCCCAGAGAAGCAAAGUGCUUUCCAGUUGUUCUUGCUUUCCCCAGGGUGCUGCUGGGGAUGUUUAUGACUGAACAAGCAUGUUCUCCCCCGCAGCCUCCGCCUGUGUUUCGCUCUGCCCAGCAGCUGCACAUCUGUUUCCGAUGGAGCGAUCACCCGGCUGUGAAGCAGAAAGCGCCGGAGCGACUGCACUGUGUGAGCAGGUAGAGGGAGAGACGGGGAGAGCCAGACCCUGGGAAUGGGAGAAGGUGGAGUGUGUUUCUUGGUGUAAUGUUGCUGAUAGGGAAGGUUUGGGAGCUAGGAUGCCAGUUCCAGGGGGUGGCAAGGGUGUCAGCAGCGAAGGUGCCCAGGUGGUGCAGAUCUGGGUGCAGAGACGACCGGGGUGCUGCUCGUCUGUCCUCUGCCUGGAUGGAGGGGCAACUCUCUUCAGCUGAGCACGUUUGACACAUUCCACAAGUGGUAGCAGGAAAAUUCAGGAUGCUUUUGGCAUUUCUUCAUUUGGCUUUGCAAGCUGUAUAAAGAUUCAAAACAGCGAAGGCACCAGGCUCAGCUGCAUAAUGCUAAUUUUGUGUUGCAAUUUCAUUUAGAUAAAUUACUCCUGUGAGUUCCUAAUAAAAACAGAUGUUGGCUUGUGUCAAACUUAGUGAACAAUUCUGAUAGCAGGAGCAGCUAUUUUUAGUUUUCUGUUAACCCAGCUCAGCCUUGCAUCAAGUUGUAUUAAACCUAGAAGAUACAAAUAGCAUCCAUGCUGGUUAUUCAUUUGCUUCAAAACAUGCCAAACCCAUCUCUUCUGCUUGGCGUGGCAGGUGGAUCGGGAGUCGCCGGGGGCAGGUUGUUUGUCACAGCUGGAGCAGCAGUUGUCCCCAGUGUGCCUGCAGCUGGGGCGGGGGCACUGCGGGGGGCGGCUCAGCCCAGGGACGGGCACAGCAAAGGGCCACGGAGACCAAGAACCCGCCCCACAGCCUAAUCGCUGUGUUCGGAUGGAGUGCCGAAUCGCAGGGUGCUCUGGGUUGGAAGGGAUGUUCAAAGAACAUCUCGUCCAGCCCCUGCUGUGGGCCGGCACAGCCCCCACCACAUCAGGCUGCGCAGAGUCCUCUGUCCUGAGGUGGAGAAUAUUUUGUUGCUCUCUAUGGGAAUCGGGUUCAUACAUUAAACAAGAAAAAUAGGUACUAGCCUCCAGGAGCUUUUCUGAUACAUCCUGAAAUAAAACCUAAAAGAAUAUAUGAAAAGCAGAGGAAAUAUCAUUAUUAAGUAGCCAGGAUGAAACAUGGCUAUGUGAUGAGAACAUAUAAUGUGAUACAAGCAUUUCAACUAAAAAUAUACAAAAUUAUUUCCCAAAGAUAGGCAUCAUGGACGAAAUUGCCUUCAUACAUCACGCUAAUUAAAGUCUAUGAAUUAUCUUGUGACUGUCAGUUGGUAUUUACGUUUCUCUUCAACCAUCUGAUAGCGGCUACUGACUUGACUCUACAGAGGAGCUUUUGAUUUCUCCGCAUGUCCACGUCUCGUGUCACACCCGUGUUGUACUGACAGACAUCCACUGAGCCUGAAAGGCUGUUGUGGAGUGGUUUUUCUGAAGGAUUUUUCCACCGGGUUCCAAGGCUCUUGAACUAAAUCUGCUCUGGGAGGCUCCUUUAACACGGCGGCAGGAGCUGGCAGUUUUUGCCUCUCUCUUUUCUCAAAUCUCUGUCCAGGAGGGGCCUGGCUGCGGUUCCCAUGGGCCCUGCUGGUGUCUCCAGGCCAGCCCCGGUGCCAAGAGCCCGCGGGGUGACAUGGCCGGGGCUGGAUGCAGGAGCUGAGCAUCAUCGCCCCGGCGCGGCCCCCCGGGAAAUCAACAGGCAAUGAAGCGGCCCGUGCCCAGAGAAAACGGGCUGGGGAUCAGAACAGCAUUUCUGCUGGAAAUGGUGCUGUUGCCUCCGCACAGCCGACUUUUGAUGUAUUUCUGUUGUCUUUAGAAAAAUGGAGCUCCAGGUAGCAAUCCUGCAUCUUAACAGAAUUGUCAGCAAAUGGCUCUUGUUCCAGUGUUUUGGUGCCAUUUUUCCUGAGCUGCCUUUAUAAUGAAUGGUGAAUCUUUACAUGCCCCGUGCGAGUUACCGAGAUCCAAAUCUGUUCUGGAAAUAGUCUGUCUGACAGCCCCUUUAUUGGCACGGCGGCUAUUUAAAUGAGAAACCUGUGCGGGAGAUGCAGGAGCUGCGCUGGGUGAUGGCGAGCGGGAGCUGACGGGCUCUGCACGGGCAAUCAGCGACCCUUGGCUUUCCACUCUAAUUACUUUCCUGUCAGAUGUUCAAUUAGAGUGACAGGGUCCCAAAUUCCCAAAGAUCUCUGGUUUGUCUUCGAAGAUUAAAGGGUGGCAACUAUUUUCAAUAUGAUUAUCAUCAUUAUCUCUGGGAGAUUUUAUACUUCAGAAGUCAAAGUCAUAAUAGCCCAGCUCACUGCAAUUAUUUGCAAAUUGCCUUAAUGUAUUUUCCAGAAGCUCUUUUUUGCACUUUGUAAUGUAUGUAUUUCCUAAGCCAACAGCACAUUAAAAUGCUGAAGCGCCUCUGCACCUCAGAAGCCAGUCUGGUGGUAACUUGCAUGGACUUUUCCAGCACCCACUUUACCCACCGGUAACCCCCCGUUUUUGUUGAAACGCCACUUGUUGGUGCCUCGCUGGUGACGUUCCUGGAGGUUUGCUCCUUUUUGUGGUGAAAACUGGAGGAAAUCUGUUAUCGUUGCAGUGACUCCUCCCUAUGCUGAUGGAAAUGCUUGUGAAAACAUACACUUAAACCAAUGUAAGAAAAUAUUCAGAGAGACACAAAAACGGCUCAGUUUCUCAAAACGUGCCUUUUUUCUGAAGACGUUUUGCCGCGCAGGGGCUGGGAGCAGGGCGCGCUGGCCGGCGCCGUUUGCUCCGCUGCACAGGCCAGCCGGGCGCAGGACAGCGAGCAGAGGCUUUGGGCACAGCUGGCGAUGCAGCACUUUGCAUCCCGGCCACAUCUGUUCCCUUUCUUCUCGUCCUCAACGGUGAGUAGAGAACGAAGAGACAAUGUGCCCCGUGUGUUAAAUCAGAACCAACCCAAAUAGCUUCUAAAAUACACUCAGCUAAUUGUUCAAGAGUAAUUUGCAGAGCAAGAGUUACACUGCAAUAAUUGCGAAUAAUGAGUAAACCAGGAAGAAUGGUAAAUGGCUUGCAGACAUUUUGUGAACAGAAAAUGAGGCUAAAUUCAUUGCAUAAAUUAAUUGCUGUGGAUUAUUCUCUCAGCUUUAAUCUGCCGCCUGCUGAAAGAAGUCUGCAAAUGGAAAUGCAGGUCCACAGCUUCAUUUUGAAAUGUGGCUGCUUUGCACUGAAUAGAAAAGAGGCCUGAAAGGCUUUUUGCUGUGUUAUGAUAAUGUCUCAUGCUCGUAACACAAUUUCACCUCAAAGUUUUACCUGCCCCGGGGCCGGCAGUGUUCUAACCCCGCUGCGUUAGCGAGCGCAGCCGCGGGGCCCGCCGGAGGAGCGGGGAUCGGGCCCGGGGCCGCGCGGCCUCGCUGGUGGAGCUCAAGCCCAGGUCGGGGUUCGCGGUCCCUGGCUGGUGCUGGUGACGUUUUGCUGUGUGAAGGCGUCCCCUUCCUGCAAGGCGUGCGCGCCGGGGAUGCACACAACAGCCCUCCCUUCUGGGGCUUUGCCAGUGAAAACGCAGGGAGAAGGAAGGAAUGAGAAGACACGUCCUUCAGCCCGCUUUAGAAGAUCAGUUCUAGUAAAGGGGAAUUAUAUUUUAAGAACCAGACAGAUUGGCUCAGAUUUACUGUCAGAGAACAGCAGUGAAGGCAGAGCAUUCUCUGUAAGGAUUAUGAUUACCUGACAGCGUCUUAUCAUUACCAGGAGCAAUGACCCUGAUUUAGGAAAGGUCUGUUCAUUUAUAAGUAGCUGUUGCUUUUUAAUAGGACUUUUUUUUUCUUACUGCUAUUAAUAUUAAUAAAAAUAAAAUUAAGGCCCAUGUCUUUACCUGGAUAAAAUUUGUGAUUUAGAAUGAAAUGUGGAGAGCCUUGUAGAUCAACCCUUGGAUUUUUAUAAACAGCUAGUGGCAAUUUCUGUGUCCGUGACGGCACAAGCCCGUCCGUCCUGGGCACAGCCGUCUGUCCUGGGCACAGCCGUCUGUCCUGGCUGUGCCAGCAGACGCUUCUCUCCCGCCUUGGCUGCCGUGGCUGGUGCCUGAUCCAGGUGUCCUUGAGCUGCUGUUGUCUGGUUGCAGCUUCGGACAAGCUCUUUGCUGUUAACGGGGCUCAGGGUGGUGUCACUGGGCUCAGAUUUACACACUGUGUAAGCUACCCCUUUGAGAAAGCCCCAGCAUUCCUCCUCGUGCCGGCCCUGCCUCCGGUAUUUACAGCAGGACACUUCCACACCCGCCCAACUCACCGCACAGCGAUAGUGAACAAAUCUAUAUGUCCUUUUGCUAUAGGUCCCAGACUAAUCGAGCUGUGUGGCACAGCAGCCAGCGGAGCUGUACGGACAGGCUGCAGAGUCCUGUUGAACGGAGAACAACUACCCCAGCUGGCUUGAUCUUGUCCGCUCAGUUUAUCAAAAGAGGUUUUUCCCCUCCAUUUGAUGAAGUUUAACAGAGCAGAGCAGAAUCCCAAACGUUGACGUUAACCGUGAGGUGAGAGGAAGGGAAAUGCGGUUCGCCGGCUGCGGGCAGCUCGCCGGAGCAGCCGGGGCUCCGUGUGCGCCCUGGUCCCCCCGCGCCACGGCAGCGACUGGUCUCCAGCAGCCCCCCAGAAAGAGACGAUGUCUCCACCAGCUUGGUUCUGCUGACACAGAGUUCCGACUGACCUCAGCAUAACAUUAGGUUUUGCUGCUGUUGCUGACUUCUUCAGCAUGUACCUUUUGGUUCAUCUUUCAGGUCUCGUUUGUUCACAACUCCUAUCCUGUUCUGAGGAUGCAUUUUUGAUGGUUUCUCACCAGACGUGAUCCAAGCCCGCUGACGUCCCAUCGCACUCUGAACCCGCCAACGUGCGAGGGGCUCGUCCCGCACUCACAGACGUGUGCAGGGUUGGGCUGCUUUGCUGCUCCAGGAGCCUCUUAGUUCUCCUUGGCUGCUCCCAACUGAGAGUCACGCUUUGCCUUCCCUUGAAAUGACACCAACAUAAAGAAAUUGAAGACAAACAUCCUGAAGCUUGUGUCUUUCUAAAGAACUUGUCUGAAGCAAGGACUGAAAGCCAGUGAGUGACUCUUUCAUCUUGGGAAGCAAUUCCUCUCGGAAAAGCAGGACAGAAGGGGAAAGAAGCAGUCAGAGGGACGGGGCUGAUGAACUGUGCUUAUUAACUUGACUUGGCGGUGACGAGAGCAGUAUUGACAAGGAGGCUGCGGCAGACUUCAAACGCGCUUACUGCCGUCAGGAGGUCAGAGCGCUGCUCCGGCACGAGGUCGGAAUCGCUUCACACGCUGUCGCAGGGUCUGCAGCGCGGGCUCGUCACCUGCAGGGAGCGCGGGCUCGUCACCCGCGGCAGCGCGGGCUCCUCAGCUGCAAGAGUGCGGCUCAGCACUGGCAGUGCGGCUGGGUGCUGGCAGCACACCCGCCGGGCCGGCAUCAGCAGCAGUGAUGCCGCUGGCGAGCGGGACAGGAUCCACGGCUCUGGCGGUGUGGGGAGAUCGCGUGCUGCUUCAUGGUGCUCUUCGUGGACUCAUCUUGCCAUAACCCUUUGAACAGGUUGCUUGCUGCUCCAUCCAGCUCACUCUUUAAUAGGAUGGAUCUAGAGUCCUUAAUGAUGUACAAACAUCCUAAUUACUUUUGUAAAUUGAAUCGUGGAGUUGACUGGGACUAUAAGUGCCCAGUAUGGAAAAAUAUUUCUAGAAUCCAGGUGCUACCCAAGUAGCUUUAACAUGCCAUGUUUUUGGCAAAUCCCCAUUUUUUUAGGAAAAAACGUGUUCCAGCUGCAGUUCAUGGAUAAUCCGAGUAGCAAGGUAGGUACGUUGACAGGAGAUCUCUGUGGUAGCACAGGAAGAAAAGCAAACUGAUAACUCUUGUCAGAUUGAUGGCUUCUUCCUUCAUCUGAAUCUUUCUAGAUUAGCAGGUCUAUUUUCUUUUCAUGGGUAUGUUUGUUAGCACUAUGUCAUCUGGCCUAAUCUGUAUGAGAAGUGUAUUUAUUGUAGAGCAUUCAUACUGUUCACUUGUCACCAAGAAUAACAGAGAGGACAGGUAAGGUAAUUUCAGCCAUAAGGGUUGAGAGACGACUAUACACAUCUUGAUAAUGUGGCACUUGGAGUGAAUGAUCCAAAAUACUUUUGUUACAUAUUUGCUAAAAAUACACCCUUUAAAUGGUCUUUUUUCA